UUUUUAAAAUAAAAAAUGGCGGGGAAGAUACUGAUAUUGGCGUUCGCGUUAUCAAUAUGCAAGGUCCAUUCACAAUCAAUCGGCUGCUGUUCGCCAUCAAAUUCCCAGUCAUCAUGCGGCCCAUCACAAUCACAAACGAUUAACGGAAUAAAAGCAUCGCCACAGCUACAAUUUGUACCUGGACAAAAUCUUCAAGCCAUCAAUCUUUCACAAUUAUCGCCAAUGAGCCGACCGUCGAAUAUACAGAAGACUAAAUCGACAUGUAACAUGCCAAAACAAAGCUUUCAAGUAACUUCAUCGCCGCAGUAUUCAUCAUCAUCUUGUGGCCAACCCUCAAACGUGCAAUGCUCAUCACCCUGCCCUCAAGUCAUCACCACCCCAGUGUCGGCCAUCACCGUCCCACCAACUCCUUGCACCACUGUCAUCGACUGUUCUCUUGCCAGCGCUUUAGCCAACGCUUUGCAACUGUUGAUCGCCAACGAUUUCAUCAACUCUGCUGUUAACAACAAAAUAAUUAAUCAAAACUGUCUUCCCGCUAAUGUAGAAACUUCUACAUCUAACAUCGACCUUAACUCUCUCAUCAAUAAUAUUAACAAUCAACAGAACUACCAAUGUCAGAAUUCUGGACCAACUGAUGACUACGAUUGGGAACAACUACUAGUCUACUUAAACGGAGAUAAAAAGAAAGAUACACAAACAGAUAAAUAUGACUCUUUCUACAGAUAUAUAAAAGAAAAGGGACAAACAGUCGAUCAGAUUGCACAGCAGCCUCAAACAUGUGAUCUGGAUGAAGAUGCUCUUCUCCAACUUUUGGCAACAUACUUUAUUAACAAUCCAAUCCAAUCCAAUUAUAAUCCAAAUCAGAAUUGCAAUUAUAACACAAAUCAAAAUUGCAAUUAUAACACAAAUCAGAAUUGCAAUUAUAACACAAAUCAGAAUUAUGGAAGUGCAGCAGAAGUGGUGUUCCCUGAAGAGAUUCCUGCUAAGUUGAUCUGUAACUAUGGAUAUAUUCCCACUACAAUGCCGGUUGUCAGCUUCUCUGUUCAGCCAUUAGAUCCUAAUUGUAAUGUAAUUGUUGGUGGUGGUCAAACUUGUUAGAUAGCUAGUUAAAAAUUAUAAUAGUCUUGCUUGGUGCAUGUCCCUUUAAAGAUUUCGGAAUAAAUACGUUCCUUUUUUGCUUAAGACUACUUAAAAGCUAGCUAAUGUCUAGAAUAGGCCCUUGAGGCAUUGUUACUAGCGACAUUUGCUCGCUGUAUCGCAAUGCUGAUACGUUGUGCGAGGAAGUCACCAGCUCUUCGGUCACCAGUUACCUCAACGAGACGCUUCGCGAUUUCUGUGAACAACUUGUUUGCGCUGGGACCCCAUGGACCUAGAGUUUCUACGCCAAAAGGUACAAAAAGGUAUUAUUUGCUAUAGAUACAGAUAAACUUUCUGAUUAGAUAAACACUGUAAUUUUGGAUUUAAAAAAAUGCAAUCAGUAAAUCAGUAUCCUUAUUUCCAUCAUUAUCUUCAUUUUUAUCCGUUUUGUUGUUUUUAAUUGUAUUUUGUUGCUUUUGAUCGGGACUGAGCCAAAUGUUGUCAAGAAAUCGAUAUCACAUUAUUAUUUUACGUUUCUAUAAAAUAAACACAUUUUAAAUAAA